AAUGUUAUAUACUAGUAUAAUAAUAUGAAUUGGUUCCGGUUAGUUGUUAAUUAUGUAAGCUAUGAUGACACCUUAGCUUGGAGAGAACUCUCACCAUUGCUGUAUCUCUCAAUCAACAAUAGUUGGAGGUUGAGCAUGUUGAUGUUGUGCUGCAUUUUUCAAUAACAUUAAGUGAGUGAGUGAGUAUGCAAGCUAAGCUUGAGAAACAUUAGAAAGAUUAGUUUAUUUGAGAAGAGAACAAAUUAAAUUAGUGCUUAACAUAGAAUUUGUAGUACUCUGUAUAGUAAUGAGAUGAAGAGCCUUCUUAUUCAAUUUGAGAUACUUCAUAGAUAUAAUCCUUGGAGAGAUAGAUAGAUUGAUAUAAUUUUUUAUGGUAAUAUUACCUCACAUAUAUAAUUGACAGCUAACAGUUUUUUUUUUUUUUUUUUUCUUUUUUUCUUUUGAAGAUGUCUAUAAUGGAAUCUGCCCUUAUUGUGAAGCUGUGUGUGACGAGACCAUAACCAUGUUAUCCCUGUGGCAUUCAAAGCUGCAUCUGAUGGAUGGAUUUGAGGAAUUUUGUCCGGAUAUUAUAGACAUAAAACAUACUGAUAGUCGAAGUGGUUUCAUAGUUGAUCCAUCAGCAGACUCUUUGGCUUUGGCUUUGUCUAAUCUGCUGGAUAGCCGUAGUAUCAAGAUAGAUGGCCUGGGCUUGGAGUACAUAGUGUCAGAGCAGGGAUUAGCAGUUGAGUUCACUGAUGAUGAAGCAAAGAAAUUAGAGACUGAGUUCAAGAUCACAAGAGACAGCAUGAAUAGAGUAGUUGCAAUUCAAAUUCAGCAUAUUGGACAUCAUAUUCCAUCUAUGAAAGAUUAGAUCGAGAGCUACACUGUACCAGCAGUGGGUCAAAACCAGAAAUCAGGUUUAGCACACCUUAGGAGUUCAGUCUGCCAUGAAUAAUUCGUCUUCUUAGUCUGAGACUAUACGAUCAGAGAAAUUGGAUAUGAAUAUAGUUUCUGUGUGAAUACUUGAACUGCUACUUUCCUCUAUGAUCGGCAUUCUCUCUCUACGAUAUUACAUUUCUUUCUUAGUAAAUAGUAAUGACAUUGAAUAGUUAUUACAAACAAUUACCUCAUUUGACAGUGUAUAUAUAACAAGUUUCUCUCAGAAAAGUACCUUACAUUGUUGCUUGUUAUUUUUGCUGUUGUUACACUCU